UUUAACUCUGUUUUCAGCUUAUCUUACCCCGCAGUAUCCUAAGCCUUCCUUGUUGCAGUAUUGCAAGGGGGGCGGGAUGUUUAUGCGCACAGUGUAUAUGGCCAGUUACUGUUCACUGGCCAUUCUAUGUUUUUUAAUUCUUUGGCGCUUUUUACCCUUUUUCUCUCUUACAAAAAGUUGUAAUACUCACUUACUUUUGUAACCCCGAAGAGUACGGUACGUACAAAACCCCAAUUUAUAACCCGAGAAAAACCAAUAAUAAAACCCCAUUUUUAUAUUUAUUUAAAGAAAAACUAAUUUUGUUUUUAUUUUUCUUACCCCAUAUUUUCGAGGAAAUAUUUCAAGGAAACAUUUUGGUCCUUCGAACCGGAUAAAAACCCCCGAGACCUUGAAAUAUUUCAGAAAAUAUUUUUAUUUUCAGAAACCCCCGGAAUUAUUUUCACCCUAACCCUAAAAUUCCUCUUGGAAAUUAUUUAAUUUAUCCCCACUUAACCCCUGCACCCAAAGGAAAUAAGCAAGAUGUCGAAUGUGAAUCGCCGCCUGGAAAUCCACCGCAAACCCGUUGAAGCCCCCGGUUCGUCUAAGGACAUAAAAACAACCCGUGAUGAGAUCCUUCGGGACUGCCGUAUAUGCAAAAAGGAGCAUGCCUUGAGGAAGUGCCCGAAAUUUAGGAAGAUGUCGGUGGGGGAGCGGUGGGAAACGGUGAAAAAGUACCGAUAUUGUUUCAACUGCCUGGCUCAUUCCCACAUGAAGGAUAAAUGCACCAGCAGAGAGCGGUGCAUCGAGUGCAUGUCAGAGCACCAUACCCUCCUUCACCGGCAUCAAAGGUCGAAAAAAGGGGCCAAACCCGAGGCCCAUCAACAACCAACCCAAGGCAGCGGUAGUCCCAAGGAUCGGAAGUCCUCAAAAAAAAGGAGGAACAAAAGCCGUGGUACGAAAAACCAGGUCGGCACACCCCAACAACAACAUCAUUGCUGCGCACAGCAUCCACAACAGCAACAGUACCAACAACAACCCCUACAAUAUCAACAACAACCCCAACAAUAUCAACAACAACCCCAACAAUAUCAGCAGCAACACCAACAAACCCCGGCAACCAUUGUUAUCAAUGUAAUGUCAGGGCGCAUUGUUUAAUAUACCCCUUUUUAU